GCGGCGGCGACGGCGGCGGCGCGAUUUCGUGAACGCGUGUGAACGUUUGAUUAUAACGUGUGGUUUAUUAGUCAUCGAGAAUGAAGCUUGUAAGAUUUUUGAUGAAGCUCAGCCAUGAAACAGUCACCAUAGAAUUGAAAAAUGGAACUCUGGUUCAUGGAACAAUUACAGGUGUGGAUGUGGCGAUGAACACGCACUUGAAGGCGGUAAAGAUGACGCUGAAGAACCGGGAACCGGUUCAGCUUGACUCUCUCAGCAUCCGCGGCAACAACAUCCGCUACUACAUUCUACCGGACUCGCUGCCGCUGGAGACGCUGCUCAUCGACGACACGCCCAAGAUGCGUUCGCGGCGCGCCGACCGCGGCGGACGGGGCGGACCCCGUGGCCGCGGCCGGGGCGGGCCGCGCGGCCGCGGCGGCCGGGGCGGUCCGCGAGGGCGGGGGCCGCGCCCGCCGCUAGUCCCGCCCCCCAGCGCCGUCCCACCAAUCAUCGUCACCGUCGCCUCGCCAUUCAGUAUCGCCCGCCCGGGGCGCGACUGGAGUGGCGAUCUGCAGCAGCUGUGA